AUGGAAUUCGGCGGUUCUGAUGGCGGUUUUGACGCCGGUGACGACCGGCCUCCACAGAAGAAGAGGCCCUUGCCCGCCGAUCUCCCCAGAUCCCUCGACGACAGGAGACAUGUGCCGACCGAGCUUGUGCCCGAGACGGAGAUGUACGAUGGCUGGCAGGGACAAUCCCAAUUCCUGACCUCGCCCAUGAUCGCCAAGCCCCUCAGCUUCAGCGACCUCUCCUUGAACGAUGCCAAAUACGACGCCGCGGACAUAAUCAAGGGCGGAUCCGAUAGCGAAACGCGCCUCAUGGAGAUGCUGGCUGCACAGGCCGCCCACUCGGCCGGCGUCGUCUUCGACAACGAGGAUGCCAUUGCUGACGACGAGAAGAUGACUGACGAGGAAAAGAAGGAAGCCUUGCAGAAGGCCUUUAUCAUGGCGGCGAGCAACGGCCACGUGGAUUCCGUCGCAAAGAUCCUCAACGGCAAGGCGAGGUUGUAUGUCGACAUCAACGCGCCCGACGACGAAGGCACGCCCGCGCUCAUAUACGCAAGCUGUUUUGGACACGAGCCCGUAGUGAAGGCCCUCAUCAACGCCGGCGUGGACAUCGAUAAGCAAGACCGGAACCAAUGGAGCGCGCUCAUGUGGGCCAUGACGAAUCGGCACAAGGGGAUCGCGAAACUACUACUAGACAACGGGGCGUCUCCCGAGGCUAAGACAUCGUCAGGGCGAACGGCGUUUGAUUUUGUCGCUCCCGACAGCGACAUGUCGUACUAUCUAAAUGGCAGUGGGUAUGGGAUUGGAACAGCUGGCGCUACCGAUGACUUUUACAAUCCUGGCUUUUCGCAGGACAAGUUUGAAGAGGAGCUGGCCGAGAACGAGAUGCGGAGGCGGAUGAUGAUGGAGAGCGCCCGCGACUUGGAGGUAGAUCUGGGGAAUGUGGGAAUUGACGACCAGCCCGAGCCUGUUGAUGAUUUUGAAGAAGAACAGCAGGAAUUUGACUGGACGAGAUGUCUACACGACCAGAUGUUUGUCUUCCAGGAGAGUGAGCUGGACCGGAUCUUGGAUAUUGUUAUCACGAACAUGACCCCUCAACGGUCACCGACCCAGAAACCCGUGCCCGCAAACAUGAUCUUCCUAGGGGCCAGAUAUGCGCACUACCAUUCUAGCCCGGAGCUGCUGGCGAAUCUGCUCAUCACGGCCAUGGACAAGAUCAACGAUGUGGUGGAAAGAUACCAAUGGGAUAUGACCAUCCUGGCUUUCUGGAUAUCCAACGCAACACUUUUGUUACACUACCUCAAGAAAGAUGCCGGCCUGGUCGAAGCAACUUCGGAGUUCCAGGCGCAGCUUGCGGAGCUGAUUAAUGAGAUUUUCAUCCUUAUUGUCAGGGACGCCGAGAGACGGCUCGACAAGGUCCUUGAUGCUGCCAUGCUGGACCAUGAAACAAUCCCCGGAUUCGAAGACAUAACGUUUCAAAACGAGUGGAAGAUCUUUAAGCGGAAAAAGGAGAUCAAAGAACAGCCCCUUGAGAAGCGGUUCCGCCCCCCGUCUCCCAAGCAGAGGGCCAAGCCUUCUCCACGUAAUGUGACAUCCCUCCUUUCUUCCACAUUAUUUGUUUUAGACCUAUACGACAUUCACUCGGUCAUCUCGGCGCAGAUUGUAUCGCAGUUGCUCUACUGGCUGAGCGCGGAGCUGUUCAACCGCAUCAUGUCGAACAGGAAGUACCUAGCUCGUACCAAGGCUAUGCAGAUUCGCAUGAACAUCUCGAUACUUGAAGACUGGGCCCGUCAGAACAACCGACAGCCCGAACACUACGAAGGGGGCGAGACCCGAUCAACCGGGGAGAACAUAAUCGAGGCGGCACGCCGGCACAUGGCGCCGGUAAUCCAGCUUCUGCAAUGGUUGCAGUGCUUCUCAUCGUUGGGUACCGACGACCUGGAGGCCCUGAUAGGGACCUUGCAGCAACUCAAAGCCUUGAGUCCACAACAGCUGAUACACGCUGCAACGCAUUACCGGCCGGAAGUAGGGGAGAAGGGGCUUCCCAAGAGCGCAAUGAAGUAUCUCGUUGCAAUACAAAAGGAAGUGGCUCUGCGGCGUGAAAGAAAUCGCAAUGCGCCGGCGUCGCCAAAACCGAAGCCGGGAGGUGAUAGCACGCCGACUACGCCGGCAAAGAAGUCGAAUGGUAACGGGGCGACAUCGCCGGCAAGCAUACAAACGCCAAGGUUAGGUGACGAGUCUGAGCAAGAGGACGAGGCCCCGGCAAACUUGCUGCUCGAUCCCGCGCUUAUGCUCCCGUUUACGCUGCCAAGCGUGACCGACAUGCUGAUCAGCUAUGGUGCCGGGUUUGGGGGUGUGAAUCGGGAGCGGGAGCGAAAGUACAUCCCCACCAUCCCGCCCGAGUUUCUCGAUAAGAUCGAAUCGACCAGCAGCACCAAGAAAGGGCCCAUGUUCGGCGAGAAGGACUGGGAGAACGAGGAAGUCUAA